UAGACUAUAAUACAAGGUUCACUCAAAAUGAUUUCCUAUGUGCAUAUUGGUUCAAGGGUAAUGUGGUAUUUUAUAUAUUUCUUUGGUUUAAUUACACUAGCGUCAUGAAUUGCGAUAUUGUGUUAUUGGUUGAAUAGAUCAAACGAAUAGCCACUUAAUCUUUUGUUUUCGAGUUGAUUACGUGGUUCAUUCCAUUAUAUACAUCGAUAUAAGUUUGAAAUAAAGAGAAAAAACAAAUACAAUAUCCAGUCUUUGUUAAUUUUAAAGUUAAAGAUUUUUCGUUUAUAUGGUUCUUUUCAGAUUUUAGAUCACUUCGAUGAACAGGAAACUAACAAGUUCUCAAUACAAUCGUUUUAUCAAAUCAUAUGUUGCUGUUUUCAAGGGUACUAGAGAGGUGAGAUAUUUUUAUUCAAAUUUGACGUAUUAUCAUAUUUUCUAUUCUAGACAGCGUUUUCUAAGGGAAACGAGCAAUGGAUAAUUUUGAAAAAAUUAGAUGAUAAUGAUAAAAUUGAAAAGGAAAUUGAUCGAAUGACCUUAGAGAUAAAAUCAAAACAACCGCAAUCAUUAUUCACUGUAUGGGCACGAAAAUCUGUGACAAAUCAAAAUUCUAGUUCAAUAUUAAAAUCGAUGGAAAUAGCGGCUAAUGUGACAAGUGAAAGUGAUGUCAGUUGUGUAUCAGCAGUAUCCAGUUGUUCACAUUCAAUUAAAUCAUCCAAACAUAAUAGGAUAUGUCAUUCUCAAGUUAGUGUACGACAAGAACUAGACGAAAUUACUGCUAAAUUAAAUAAUAUUCGUGCAUUAAAAACUAGUAUGUUGCUACCCAUUGAAGCUGAAAAGCAAUUGAAGGUGCUGGAAAAUCAACGAUCAGCUUGUCAGAAGAAAUUAAAACGACUCGAACAAACGCGUACAUCUCAAGCUAAUUUUAGAAAAAGCAGAAAACUAAAACUAAAAAAAUUAAUGGAGAAGUGUCCAGAUGUUGCUCGUGAAUAUAAUCUUGAUUUGCAUUACCAAAGUGGACAACCACGUAUUGAAGAACGUGGACAAAGUGGAUUACUAGAUGUUAUAGUCGAAAUUGCGAGUCGUGGUGCUGCAGCUGACCCUUCUCGAAGUUCAAAUCAGAUUUCUCCUUGCAUGACACUUGAUGAACUUACUGAACGUUUGAAAUUACAUGGCUUUAUUCUUAGUCGUUCAGCAACAUAUCUACGAUUAUUACCACGACGAUCAAAUUCUAUUGAAGGAAAACGACAUGUUCAAACAGUUCCUGUACGAUUAAAGAAAGCUACGAAUGAUGAACAUAAGAAGCAUGAAGAUCAGUAUUUUGCCACGAACACAAUUAAUCAUUUAAAGACUUUGGCUGGAUCAUUCGGAAGUGAUACUGUGUUUUUUUUAAGUCAAGAUGACAAAGCACGAGUACCUAUUGGUCUUCCUGCUGCACGUAAACAAGCUCCAUUACUAAUGCACCUCGAUUACAAAAUUUCGUUACCAGAUCACGACUUUGUCGUGGCUUCACGUCAUAAACUAAUUCCUUCUGUUUAUGCAGCAUGUACAAUUAAUAAUAAGAAUGAAGUGACAUAUUCUGGUCCAACAUAUAUAUCAAUUCGAUCUGGUAAACAUUCUUCGAGUACAGCAGAAACUCAUCAUUAUGAUUUUUCAUUAUUGUUUGAGUCAAAAGACUUUGAACCGGUGAUGAAAGUACACGGUAAAUGUAAACCGAUUGUGAUUAUAAGUGUAGAUGGAGGACCAGACGAAAAUCCUCGAUUUUCAAAAACAUUAGCUGGUGGUGUACAACUUUUUAAAAAAUAUGAUCUUGAUUGUUUAUUCGUGGUAUCAAAUUGUCCUGGUCGAUCAGCUUAUAACAUAGUUGAAAGACGAAUGGCACCACUUUCUAAUCAAUUGGCUGGAUUGAUCCUUCCUCAUGAUUAUUAUGGAACUCAUCUUGAUGAUAAUGGAAAUACAAUUAACACGGAACUUGAAUUACAAAAUUUUAAAAGAGCUGGUGAAUGUUUAGCAGAAAUUUGGAGUGAGCUGACUAUUGAUUCAUAUCCAGUUGUUUGUCGAUAUAUUGAACCUAUUGUUGAAAAAGAUUCAUCUUCACUAAAUGCAAAGAUGCUUGAUCUCAAUUGGUUAACAGUCCAUGUUCGUCAAUCCCAAUACUUACUACAAAUAAUAAAAUGUAAUGAUUUGAAUUGUUGCCCUCCAUGGAGAACCAGUUAUUCAAAAGUUAUUGCUCAAAGAUUUUUACCUCCACCUUUUCUCUUCAAACAUUCUAUAAAUGGAAUUUGUGCUACUGAAUUAAACGACAAAUAUGGUCGUUUCGUCGACCUUUAUCAACGAUUACAACUCGACAAUCUUAUUCCAGCAGCCCACAUAGGUUAUGAUUAUCAAUGUUCAUCGGUUCAAGAUGAAAUUUUAAAACGUACAUGUUCAAUUUGCUUCUUAUAUCAUCCGUCGUCGACCGCAAUGAUACAACAUAAAAAACUCCACUCUUCGAAAUAUCUUAAAAAACAACAAGCUGUCGUUUUGGCAAAGAAGGAACAAAUUCAAGAAAACAAUGAUAAUAAUAAUAGUGAAGAUGAAGAAGAUCAUUCAACUAAUAUAGAUCUUCGAUAUUGUGUAGGUGCACACAGCGUUGCACCAUUGAUUGAUAACAUUUUUGAUUUUUUGGCUUCAGAUUUCGUUGAAAUUUGA